CUCAGUAUAUAAAGCAGGACAACGACGAAAGGAGGACGGCUGGGGAGUCGCAGCCCGGGAUUGUAAAUAAGACCGUUAAAACUGUGUUUUAUUUACAAAAGUAAUGCCGGCUGUUUUAAAGUACCUUUCCCAGUUGUUUUAAGUCUUUUUUCUUAAUUUUUGGCACUGUUUCUCGCCUAUUUCCGUGUGGUUUUUACACUACGCGUAUAAUGGCGAGCUCGGCAAACUCGAACCCAGUGGUAAGGAUCAAUCUCUCAGGACUGUCAACGGGGGAAAAUGGGGCCUAAAUUAUACAAGUCUGUUAUUGAGGAUGUGAUCAAUGAGGUGCGGGAGCUGUUCCUGGAUGAAGGGGUGGACGAGCAAGUUCUUCUGGAGCUGAAAACGCUGUGGGAGAACAAGCUGCUGCAGUCAAAGGCGGUGGAGGGCUUCCACACCGAGGAGCAGGCGGCCCUGCAGACCGCUCAGCAGCAGCACCCGCACUCCCAACAGGCCCAGCAGGUGGCCCAGGCCGCGCCGGCCCAGCAGGUUAUCCAGAUUCCCUCGCAGCAACAAGCUCCCCAGCAGCAGGUCAUAGUUCAGGACUCUAAAAUGAUACAGCACAUGAAUUCAACGGGAAUGACCGCAGCAGCCACUGCAGCAACCCUUGCUUUGCCCACAGGGGUCACCCCCUACCAACAGCUCAUCACAAGCCAAGGUCAGCUCCUGCAGGUGGUCCGGGCUCCCAACGGGACUCAGUACAUCAUCCAGCCUCAGCAGCAGAUCGUCCUGCAGAAUCAGAUGCAGCCUGGCGGCGUGCAGGCCCCCAUUAUACAGCAGGUUUUAGCUCCUCUGCAGGGUGGACUGCCCCAGCAAGCAGGAGUCAUCAUUCAGCCGCAGCAGAUCGUUUUGGCUCCAGGGAAUAAAGUUCAAGGGACCACACAGGUGAUGCAAGCAGCAGCGAUGGCGCCGCAGCCCGGCCAGGCAGCAGCAGCUCAGGUCCAGCAGGGGGCAGCUGUGGCCGCUGCUCAGGCCCCAGCCCAGCCGGCAGCCCCGCAGCAGCAGCCUCAGGCCCAACCGCAGGCGCAGCAGCCCGCCAUGAUGGUGCAGCUGGAUGGAACUGGAGACUCGUCCUCUGAUGAAGACGAGGACGAAGAGGAGGAAUACGACGAAGAUGACGAAGAGGAGAAAGAUAAAACCGGUGGGGAAGACGGGCAAGUUGAAGAGGAGCCUCUGAACAGUGGAGAUGAUGUCAGUGAUGAUGAAAACCAGGAGCUGUUCGACACGGAGAAUGUCGUGGUGUGCCAGUAUGACAAGAUCCACAGAAGUAAGAACAAAUGGAAGUUCCACCUGAAAGACGGGAUAAUGAACCUGAACGGCAGAGAUUAUGUCUUUUCCAAAUCCAUCGGAGACGCCGAGUGGUGAGGCGGGGGAGACGGGCGAAGCACGAACUCCUAACUUGUUUUUAUCCAGCAAACUGAUACUUCAGCGUCCUUUCACAUCCUGCGUCCGAACUCCUUCAGGAAGGUAAAGCGAGAGUCUUUGAGAACUCAUCCAACCCAAAGGAUUGCUGUAAGACAUGACACGUGGAAAAACACUCGACCAGCGUUUACGGGAUGAGAAACCGACAGGACACUGGAGAGCCUGUGAACAGAGCUUUUUUGGUUUAUUUUUCCCUUUAAGGCUUCUGCCUUCUUCUGACAAAAUUCCCCCAAAACAGUCAUUUCAUGUCGUACAGGUGUUGCGGACCAGAAGGAACUCUGCGGUCUCUCAUAACCCGAUAGACACACAUUUUUAAUGCACUGUAAUCGGUCGACUGGAUUCAUGGAAGUCCAAACUUAGUGCCACCAGUCAGAACCGCUGCCUUUUAGAAUGACUCAGCUUUUUUUUUUGGUUGUAGUUUUGUUUCCAUGUGAAAAAUGAAAAAUGGUGCUCCAAAUUGUUUUAUGUAGUCCAAUCUUUUUAAAAAAUUAUCUUUUAGCGUCAGAUCCGAGGCUCCUGGGAAAAACAA